GUCCAUCCAGGGAAUGUAUCCUGUAUGCGCAUGGGCGGAGAAACUGCCGCUGUGCGCUGUUAUUAUUGUAAGAGUAAUUUCUUUUUUACGAAAAUGGCGUCUAGUCAGGGAGGUGUGGGAGCUGUCACGGCUCUACAAAGCCAUCACUACUCUAGCGGACCUCACUGGAGUCCGGGAAUCAGCCAGUACCAGCACCAGCAGCAGCACCACACGGCCCGCAGCCUGGACCGAGCCCUGGAGGAUGCCGUGUGCUCGGGGCUACUGAACCUGAGCGGUAGGAAGCUGAGGGAGUACCCGGGGAUGAGCUACGAUCUGACCGAUACAACACAAGCAGAUUUGUCCAAGAAUCGACUCACAGAAAUCCCUCCAGAAGUGUGUCUGUUCGCACCUCUCGAGUCGCUCAAUCUCUACCACAACUGCAUCAAGUGCAUCCCAGAAGCCAUUAUCAAUCUGCAGAUGCUGACUUAUCUUGACGUCAGCCGAAAUCUCCUGUCAGUUUUGCCAAAAUACUUGUUUAGCCUCCCCCUCAAAGUUCUGCUUGUGAGCAACAACAAGCUGGUGUCCAUCCCCGAGGAGAUCGGCAAGGCCAAAGAGUUGAUGGAACUGGACGUGAGCUGUAAUGAGAUCCGGGUGCUACCAGCUCAGGUGGGGAGCCUUCAUGCCUUGCGAGAACUUAACAUCAGGAAGAAUUGUCUUCACAUGCUGCCUGAGGAGUUGGCUGACCUGCCUCUUAUCCGACUUGACUUUUCCUGCAAUAAGAUCACAGAGAUUCCUCCAGCUUACAGGAAACUCAGGCAGCUACAGCACAUCAUCCUAGAUAACAAUCCUAUGCAGUCUCCACCAGCACAGAUUUGUCUCAAGGGCAAAGUGCACAUAUUCAAGUACCUGAACAUCCAGGCGUGUAGGAUGGACAAGAAACCGGACACCCUGGACCUCCCCUCUCUCGGCAAACGUUGCCUUCCACAGCCGCUUACAGAUAGCAUGGAAGAUUUUUAUCCCAGUAAGAACCACGGGCCUGACUCUGGAAUUGGUAGUGACAAUGGUGACAAGAGGCUCUCUACAACUGAGCCUUCAGAUGAUGACACUGUCAGCCUGCACUCUCAGGUUUCAGAGACAGCCCGUGCUGAUGCCCUUUCUCUCCUCUCCAAAAUGGAUUCUUGCAAAGAUCAGGAUCUCUAUGACUUUAUAGACCCCAACCCAGAUGAAGAUCCUGCUCUGUCAGAGUGUGACGGGCAGCAGAGCAGUCAUGUGUCUUGUAUAAAGGAACUGGAGAAAGUUCUUCACAUGUCUCAUCAAAGCAAAGAUAAGGAUGGCUGGAAAGAGGAGUCUGGUUCUGAUAAGGAGCAGCUAGUUGAGGAAGAAGAUGAUGAGCUGAAGGAAGUGCUGGAUCUGAGGAAGAUUGCUGUUCAGCUUUUGCAGCAGGAGCAGCAGAAUAGACGACGGUCCUUAAUUUGCAGAGCGGAGAGUCUUAUUCACCGACGGAGAGUCACUGGCAGGGCUCACAGAUUCCUAAGUCACUCCGGAAGCUCAGGCAGCAAGCCAAGGCCCCCACCUCAGACCGCUCGCAGUGCUUCUCUGGAUGAAGGAAGUAGUGGAGCAUCAGUGCUGAGUGGACAGCCUUCUUCCUCCUGCUCCUUUGAUGGCAGCUUGAAGACGGACCAGUCAGAUUCAGAGCCAAUGUGGCCCCAAGUCCCACCCGUUCUCAAUCAGAAUGAAGAACGCAGAAGGAACAAGUACCUGAGAAAAGAUUAUCUCAAGUACAAGUGUCAGAGUGCUCGGAAAAACUCCAGUGGGAAUGACGACUGUGAGGAGGGCUUGCGCAACGUUGAUUUCAGCACCACUCUGACAGUGUUUGGACUAAAGCCGAGAUCAGCCUUCACCAGAGGAAGCCGCCAGGAGUACAGCUCGACAGACCCCAGCUUCACUAUGAGGAGGAAGAUGGAGCACUUGAGAGAGGAAAUCGAACAGAUAGGACUCUUACGGCAGAACAUUGAGUCCAGACUGAAGGUGUUGCUCCCAGACGAUGUUGGAGCUGCUCUGAUGGAUGGGGUUGUCCUUUGCCAUUUAGCUAAUCACAUUUGUCCUCGGUCUGUCGCCAGCAUCCACGUGCCGUCUCCCGCAGUGCCAAAGCUUAGCAUGGCUAAAUGCCGUAGGAAUGUGGAGAACUUUUUGGAUGCCUGUAAAAAGCUGGGUGUCACACAGGACAAGCUGUGUCUGCCCCAUCACAUCCUAGAAGAGCGCGGCCUGGUGAAGGUGGGUGUGACUGUUCAGGCUCUGCUGGAUCUGCCUGAUUCGAAGCCAACACAACUUUCAGCUGUUUGACACAGGCCUGAAUGCUGCAUUCAACCUGCAGUCGUCCAGCCAACCCUUCUCCCCAGCCCGAACCCAUACCCCAUCGCCACGGGCCAGGGAACCCGUUCGGGCAAGGACCCCAGUGGCUCGUAGGUCUUUGGGAGUCUGCUUCUGCCUGACUGAAACGGGAGACGGGAGGGAGAAAUCCCUCUGUCUCUUUAUAUGAUGUCAGCCACCUCCCCACUUCCUGUCCAUCGCAUUUUAACUUGUAUCCUGUUCCUCGUUACUGGGGUCAUCCUGUGUGUGUGUGUGGACUAGCAAUGUGUGUGUUUCCUGAGCUGCGCAGCUCAGACUUGCUAAGGAGAGACAUAAAAUACAAUUGGUCUAUAUAAAGACCUGUUUGUCCGUGUCAACAUGCUCAGUGAUUAUUGAGCCUGCAAGUGCCAGUACUGACAACAUUUCCAUGCUGGUGUUGGGGAAAUUGGCAGCGAGGAAAUGAAAGACACGAUUCUUAUUCUUUCACUAAAGAGACCUAAGCUACACGCUGGUCCCGUAGCCACAAAUCGGACUUUAAGGGGUUUCUUACACUCUUGAGUUUCGCUUCUGUUAUUUUUUCCCAUGAAAAUUCCUUUUUGAAGUUAUUAGUGUUUCUUUUUUUUACAUCAUGUCCCCAUUGUUUCUGCUUUUCAGCAGCCAAACCUAAGUCAUACUUCAAAGUAUUGUUUACCUAUUUGAGCAAUUACUAAUAAUUAUUCUGAUGUUGUCUUUCUGGAAGUCAUGCUUCAGUAGACAUCCUGACGGUUUCCCCUUAAACUCUGGUGUGGUUUCAACAUAUUUGAACUUCUGUACAAAUCCAAAAUUCUCAAUACAAACCUGCAUGACAUUUGACCACUGUGAGAACAUGCUUGGCUGUGGCCAAAAGCAUGACGGUCUUGUUUUGUAGCCUUUUUAUUUCAUUGUACAUGCAAGGUUUCUGUUUUUGAAAGAUAUCCUGUAAUCCAACUUUUCUAAAGCUUUUAUACUUUCGUUCCAGUCAUUGCCAAUUAUCACUUGCCAUUUCUGUGGAGUUCAGAGCAUGGGGUUGCCAUGUUAGACACAAAGCAGUUAGGAUUUUUAUUGCUUUGCAUAACCUCAGAUGAAACAUGUUUAUACUGUAUGUGUUUGUGAGCGGAGGGGUCUGAGUGAAGGGCCUCUGGACCAGAAAGGGCCAGUCACUCCUGCAAACCUUCCACACAUGGCACACUUUUAUCUUACUGCCAGCCCACCCUGCUGUAUGUGGUUUCUGAUACAAUUCAUUAUUUCAGGGAAAUUAAAUUAUUAAUGUAUUUA